UAUGGGUCUAUGGGACACAUUUGUUUCAUCGUUUCAGACUUAUCUGUUGUUGCUUUCAUUCAAUUAUUGUUGGCGAAGAAGAAGGCAGAUAUCUAAAUUCACUUUUGCGUGUUUUGGGUCUUAAUGGAUCCAUUUAUAUGAGCCCAGUCCAAUCACAGGCCCUGUUGCGGCCUCCAUUCACCGUCUUCGUCUCCUCUAAAAAAAUCACGGCGGUACUUCUCGUCAACAGUCAAAAACUUAACCGCGUUGAAUCAACGGCCAUGGCUUCACCACCACGCGCGAGCGCCCUACUUUUCUUCCUUCUCGCCACCACCGUAUUACAACCCGUAAACUCCCUCUCUUACUCUCAAUACAAAUCCCUAUGCUCCCUCUCUCACUCCCUCCUGACGCGCGUGGCCAACUUACGUUCCGCACGCGGGGACGCGGCUGGCUCGAACCGGGCGAGGCUCGUCGCCGAGAAGCUGGAGCGAUGGCAAGGGGUGGGGUUUUGGGGCGCGGCGUGGUCGGUGGGAUGGGACUACGUUUGGAACUACGCCUGGAGGGGGAAUUUAAAUUACGGGGAAAUCGAUGGCGUCGUAUCGGAUUUGAACCAGUUAGGGAGGAUGUUGGGCGAGUUGAGUCGGUCCAACUCGGAGAUGGAGAGGGCUAGCUGGAUCGCACGGAAUUACGGAAAUGCCCUCGCGGUUUCGAAGCGGAUGUUGAACCGCCUCCUCAAAGCGUUCAAAAGAUCGGGGGCAUUAAGAGAAGUGAUUGAAACAGUGGAAAGAGAAGUAGUGGAAGGAGGUUUAUUGAGGGACUGCUUGGAAAUUGGGAGUAAUGACUUGAAAGGAUUGGUUCAAAUUUUCAAGGAGUUAUCUUCGCAGUUUUUUUCUGCUUCUGAUUACUCCCAAGAGUUGUGACAAAGGAGGACAUAAUUAUUGUGAUCCUUUUGUGUAAUAUAAUUUCAGUUUUUUUUUUUUUUUAA